UGCUGAGUGAGCACGUCAAUCUUAAUCAACCCCUGCCCCUUAUUCUCUCUAGAUUUUCCCCACCUUUACUCUCUGUCGAUUCAUGUAUCUAUAUAUCGCCCAAUCUCUGGCGCAAGGUUAGAAGAGAAGACUAAAUCAAAGAAACUACCCAACAGUUAUUCCCUCCUCCCAAAUCAAACCCAUCGCACUUUUAAGUUUGUUAAAACACUUUUAGAAUACCCUCUCUUAUUACGACCUAUUUAUCCCCUAUCUCUCUGUAACUUUCUCGUGAGCUUGUACAAGGUCUUGAGGUGUAACUCGUUACCUCUGCAAAGAAAAAACCAGGUUUCUUGAUUUUUCUUGAAUCUCAUUUAAUCAGCCUACUAAAAAAAACUCAAGAUUCUGGGGCUUAGUAUUUUGGGAAAGUUGGUGCAUACUCAAGGUUCUGGGAAAUUCGUGAAAAUUCAAGUAUCUGAUUGUAUAGGGCGAUCAAGGAAGUUCUGGGAUUGGUUUCCUUGGUUAGUUCUGAGAAAUUUUGGAUCUAUUUGAUUUGAUAUGGUGAGAAUAAGGUAAAGCUGAAAUUUUUGUUUGAUGUAGUUUGUUUUUGCAUCGAGGGUUGUGCUUAUGGAAGAAGGCAAAGAAUCUACUGUAAUAAGCAGGACAAGCCAAUCUAGGGUUUUGCCUCAAAAGCUACUUCAAUUACUUGCACUUUUUCUGGUUUUGUGUUUUGUCUUCUCUGUAAUUAGUGUGUAUACAAUUAGGCGUUUUGGAGUUACUAGUUUUGCGCCUGCUAUUAGGCCUACUUUACAACCCUGCAUUCAAGAAGAACUGAAUAAUUUAGAGCAUUGGAUCAAGCCCCCAUUGAAUUUGAUGCACAAAAUGAGCGAUAAGGAGUUGUUUUGGAGGGCUUCAUUGACGCCCCAGAUAAAGAAUUAUCCAUUUAAGAGGAUCCCUAAGAUUGCCUUUAUGUUCUUGUCUAAAGGGCCAUUGCCAUUGGCACCUCUCUGGGAGAGGUUUUUUAAGGGGCACGAGGGGCUGUAUUCAAUCUACAUGCAUUCAUUGCCGUCGUUUCAGGCUGAAUUUCCAUCCUCGUCGGUUUUCUACAAGAGACAAAUACCAAGUCAGGUCGCAGAAUGGGGAAAGAUGAGCAUGUGUGAUGCUGAGAGACGACUUAUUGCUAAUGCCUUGCUCGACAUUUCCAAUGAAUGGUUUAUUCUACUUUCUGAAUCGUGCAUUCCUCUGUACAACUUCAGCACCGUGUACAACUAUAUAAAGCAAUCCAAAUAUAGCUUUCUUGGUGCAUUUGAUGAUCAGGGACCUUAUGGGAGAGGACGCUACAGUGAGAAAAUGUUACCGGAAGUUAACAUCGCCCAGUGGCGGAAGGGAUCUCAGUGGUUUGAAAUCAACAGAAAGCUUGCUCUAUAUAUUGUGGAAGACACGAAAUACUAUCCAAAAUUUGCUGACUUCUGCAAGCCAGCAUGUUAUGUGGACGAACACUAUUUUCCAACUAUGCUAACAAUUGAGGCCGGAGAAUUGUUGGCGAAUAGAAGUAUAACUUGGGUGGACUGGUCGAGGGGAGGAGCUCACCCAGGUACAUUUGGAAGAGCAGAUAUUACAGAAGAAUUCAUGAAGAGAAUUUUUGAAGGUCAAAAAUGCUCGUAUAAUGAUCAGCCUUCGUCUCAUUGUUAUCUUUUUGCGAGGAAAUUUGCUCCGAGUGCCUUGGAGCCGUUGUUCUUGUUAGCCCCCAAGUUCUUAGGUUUUUAAAUCAGACGCGAACGAUUCUGCUCUGAUUUAGAGCCUUUUUUCACAUGUACAGACCAUGUAGCUUGAAUUUGGAGCCAAAAGUACAUAGUAAAAUUAUGAAUUUUGUUCAUUCUUUGGAACAUUAGAUAGAUGGCUUGAUGUUUUUCU